AAACUCAGGAGGUGCUCCUGUCGCUUCAAGGGUGGCCAGUCUACCUUGUAUGUGGUGCUGGAGUCCUCUAAAGGCUCUGUGAUGGCACACCACCCCUUCAGCGUUUACCCCCCAGCCUUUCUGAGUCCAGAAAGGGCUUGACAACCUGGAAUGGGCAGGAUUAGAACUCACCUCCCGGCCUGUAAAGGAGCCGUCUCUGAAGGCUGGGGAAGUGGAAUUUGGCCAUGGUGGUGAGGAGGCUAGGGUUGUUCAAGUUGGGUGGCACAUCCCUAUGUGUGCUUUGCUCGGGAACCACUUCCAUACUUGGUGCCCAAAGCUGGGUGUGCGAUCUAUACCUAGGGAAACGCUUCCAGUGCUGUCCCUGCUCGUGGAUAGAGACAGGUGUUGGGGGUGUGAGCUUAACCACUUCCUGUGCAGUGUGGCUCACCCUGCAGCCAGGCCCUGGGAUUCACUGCUCCUCCCAGCUCCAGCAAACCCAGCUCCUGAACUUCCUUCCUCCUGCCCCUCCCCUCGCCCACACCAAGUGAGCAGCUGGUGACUUGGCCAGCCUGGCACCAGCUGUCCAUCCCCGGGGCCAAGUCUGCAGGGCCCGCUGUGUUCGUGAGAGACAGUUUGGCUCUGGGGGCGGCGGUCAGGCAGCUGCCGAGGAGGACUAGGAAGCGUCCACUCGCCUUCUACGAGCAUGGCGACAUCCUCCCAGUAUCGCCAGCUGCUGAGUGACUAUGGGCCACCAUCACUAGGCUACACCCAGGGAACUGGAAAUAGCCAGGUGCCUCAGAGUAAAUAUGCAGAGCUGCUGGCCAUCAUUGAGGAGCUGGGGAAAGAGAUCAGACCCACGUAUGCGGGGAGUAAGAGCGCCAUGGAGAGACUAAAACGAGGCAUCAUUCAUGCCCGAAGCCUGGUUCGGGAGUGCUUGGCUGAAACGGAACGGAAUGCCAGGUCCUAGCCCCUGGCCAAUGUGAAGGCCCAUCUCGCUACCCCAUGGAGAUGAGAGGCUUUGUUCAAGAUGGCAGUAGCUUUCCUGCCUUGGUCAUUAAGCUCUGAACCCACAUUCAGAAGAUUGGAAGACAUUUUGCAGUUACUGAUGAUGUGCAUUUUAAGUAGUUAGGAACGAUCCAGCUCUUUUUUUUCCAAGCAUUGAUUUGAAAGAUGUUUGUGAAGCCACUUCACAGCAAGCUAUUGUUUGCCCCCAAAUACCAGUGUCCCCUUUAAUCUCCCUUUGGAUACAUUUGCCAUUUGCAUCACCCCAGUUGACUUCCUGUCCAUGAGCUCACCUGCCUCUGCGGACUCCAGUGCAAACCACAGUGCAAACCACAUCGAGUUUGCUGUGUAGCUGGCCGGCCUGUGUACAGUGUAGACCCUGCUUCACGAGCUUCUCUGCUUACGCGUUUGCAUGACUGAGUGCUUUGAAGUCAAUCUCAAAAAUGCACAAGUUAUAAAUACAGAAGAAAGAGCAAUCUACCCAGCCUACCAAGCGCCCUGCAAAUGUCCACCCUGAGACUGUAGAUCUCAGUUCCAUGUUUACUGUGAGACGAUCACAACAUCCGGAAGAAAACGACUGAAACUUGCAUCUUUGUAUUUAUUACUUGAUGUAAUAAAGCUUAUUUUCAUUAA